AUGGUUUCUCUCUCGUCGGCAACGCGCAGCCCAGCGGCUCCCCGACCGACCAACUCCUCCAAGAUGCUAGCCACGUCGUCACCCGUGCCGAUCUUGAAAACCUCCAAAAUCAAUACUCCCACCGCGGGGAUUAAACACAGGAUGGAAGAGAUGGAUCUGUCGUUAUCACCGGCCUCGUCGGUCACGUCCGACCCAGAUGCCCACCCGAGUCCCCGGAAGCGGACCAGGGUCCAGUUCGAGAAAACCGUCGAGAUGCGGGAAAUGUCGGACAACGAGGAAAAGACGCCACAGAUUACAAGGGCGCCCGGCAAGAGCGCGGCCGUGGUGCGGGAAGAGGUGCGCAGGGCCAUCCAGCGGCACGUCUCGGGAGCGGACAGCGAAAGCUAUGACCGCAUCAAGGAGGUCUUUGCGGUGGAUCCCCGGCGACGGGAUGAGGAUGGGCAUUUAUCACCUGAUGUACCUACACACACUUCAUUGAGACACCAUCUGUUGGGACUUUUGUCCAACGUCGCCGCCCUGGAUCGCAGUUGCGAUGGGCUGGUGAGCGCUGUGCUGAACAGCGAAUGGCUCGGGCGGGACGAGUCGUACAUCAAGCUGUAUAUCCGAUUCCUUGGUAAUCUGGCGGCCGCUCAGGGUACCCAUUUGCGGUCGGUGCUGAAAAUGCUGGUCGGGUAUCUGGGGGAGCUUCCCAAGGGUACGGGUAAACUACCGGGCUAUGGCCUCGUCCAAAUACCAGAUAUCUACACCCGGGUGCACAUGGCGCUGCGCCAUGUGAUGCAGUUGAUCCCUUCUGGCAGCGGCACGCUGUCUCCGAUCCUGUCCACGCAGUUCCCGUUCGACAAUGAUCCGGCCAAGACCAACAUUGCAUACACCAGGAAUCUGAUCCGGGUCAUUGGCUACGCACCGGAGCUGCAAGCCGACAUCCUCGCUCUCGUGACCGAGAAACUGGUGAAGAUCGAUGUGCAGAUCCAGGUGGACAUGGAAGACAUCGAGGACGAGGAAGGCGAGGAUGUCCUGCACAAUGUAUCCCCAGAAGCGCUAGUCGAGGAAGACGACGACGACAACGCAUCGGUCAUGAGCGACGAGUCGGUAGACCCGGAGUCCCGCCGCGUCAAGGCGAUCAAGGAGAACAUCGUCAAGCUGGAUGGCAUGAUCGACUCGCUUUUCGAGUACUAUGCCCCUCCGUUCACCAGUGGCACCUUGGACGACAAGGAAAACGCCCUGGACCUGCUACUGAGCCACUUCCAAACCAUUGUCCUGCCGACGUACCGCUCUCGUCACACCCAAUUCCUGCUCUUCCACUACUCCCAGUCGUCUUCCAUUCUCGUGGACCGCUUCGCGGCCACAUGUAUCUCGAUCAUCUUCAACAAGACGCAACCCGCUAUCAUGCGCCAGUCGGCAGCCGCCUACCUUGCCAGCUUCGUCGCCCGCGGUGCUCACAUCUCCGGCGAGGUCGUCCGUGAUGUAUACGACCUCCUCGGCACGCACCUGAACAACCUCCGUUCCGAAUGCGAAUCCUCCUGCCGCGGCCCAGACCUCCGCCGCUACGGACCCUUCUACUCAACGGCGCAGGCCCUCCUGUACAUUUUCUGCUUCCGCUGGCGCGACCUGACGACGGCCGCCAUUGAAGGCGACACGCCCGAACAAGUCGACGACCUCGAGCCAGAAGACAUCAUCUUCCCGCCAUCAGUCAAGAGCGUGCUGCAACAAGCCAUCCACUCCAAGCUGAACCCGCUCAAGGUCUGCUCCCCGGCGAUCGUGGCCGAGUUCGCGCGCAUCUCCCAGCACUUGAACUUCAUGUACGUGUUCAGCAUUCUCGAGACGAACAAGCGUCUGCGCAUCUCCUCCUACCGCAACAUGGCCGCCCUCGCCGAUCCCCGCUUCAGCCAGGUCGAGCGCGAGAUUCGCGCUGGCGAUGACCUCGGGUACCAGCUUGAUGCGUAUUUCCCGUUCGAUCCUUACCAGCUGCCUCGCAGUCGCCGCUGGUUGGAGGGUGACUAUAUCGAGUACCGGGGUAUUCCGGGCCAGGGCGAUGACGACUCGUCUGAGAGUGAGGCCGACGAUGAUCUCGACAGUUUGAGUGAUGGGACGGGUACGGAUGAUGAUGAAUAA